AAAAAAAAAACAGAAACCAAAUCCAAGCCACAGAGAAAAUACUCACCCAAUCAAACGAAAAGGGAUUCUUCCCAGGAGAAACAAUGACGCCACUAUCGCUAGUCUCUCCUAGCCUUUCUCCGCCAUUGCUCUAUUCUUCACUUACUCCCAUGGCAACCUUCCUUUCCUCUCAUUCCCUCUCUUCCCCUUUCUUCAACCCAAAACCCUAUCUCCCUCCACCUUCAAUCCAUCUCCCCAAACCCAUCAUCACUUGUUCCACCAGCAGUAGCCCAAAGAAGCAGACUUUAAAGUCUGUUAAAUCCUCCUUAGCAAUACCCAGGAAUUGGUUGGUUCAUGCCCAACAAGGAAUUGCAGCUCUCGCUCUCUCCUUGGCGCUCAGCUUCACUCCAGUGACGGCCAACAAUGCUUUCGCUUCAGAGUUCGAUGUGAUCAAUGAAGGCCCGCCCAAGGAUUCUUACGUGGUGGAUGACGCCGGUGUGCUCAGUCGAGUCACCAAGACCGAUCUCAAAAAUCUCUUGUCCGAUUUGGAGUACAGGAAGAAGUUCAAGAUCAACUUCAUCACUGUCAGGAAGCUCACCAGCAAAGCUGAUGCUUUUGAGUAUGCAGACCAAGUGCUCGAGAAAUGGUACCCAAGUGUUGAAGAAGGGAACAAUAAAGGCAUUGUUGUCCUGGUAACUAGCCAAAAGGAAGGUGCUGUUACAGGAGGGCCUGCAUUUGUGCAAGCUGUUGGAGAAAGCGUGCUUGAUGCUACGGUAUCAGAGAAUCUUCCAGGUAAAGUCUGUUCAUAUUUACAUGAAUUGUUAGUUUCUGGAUUAGGUUCUUCUCAAGAAUGUUGGUAGACUGUUGUAAUCUAGUAGUGUAUGGCUAUUAGGGGGUGAAUGGUGAACAUGGCGUGUUGCGGUUCAAAAUCGGAUCAAUUUGGCAUAGGUUAGAUCAAAAUUUAAGAAAGAAAGAAAGAGGACUGUAGUCGAGAAUCAAAAGCACAUUCUAGCUAUUUUUAUGGGUUCAACCCGUUUUUCUUGUUUGUUUUGAGAGGAUAAGUUAUCGAAACCGAAUGAAAUUAUAUUUGCUUUGGUCCAAUUUGACCACAAUGUCGAUUUGAUCCAAUAUGAUCUGGUAUGUUGGUUGCACAACUCUCAGGGCAUAGAGAUACAUGGACAAUGUCUGUUGUCCUUGUGGAAGAGAUGGCUCCAUAUGUGUCGUUUCUCUCUAUUUGAAUCUCAUGUUCAAUAGGAUGCUCUGGGGUCUAUUGUUGUUGCAGUUUUGGCCACGGAAGAGAAGUACAAUGAAGCACUUUUGAGCAGUGCCAAGAGGUUAGUGGCGGCCAUCGAUGGACUCCCAGAUCCAGGUGGACCGACGGUGAAGGAUAACAAGAGAGAAUCCAACUUCAAGACCAAGGAGGAGACGGACGAGAAGCGAGGGCAGUUCACUCUAGUGGUUGGAGGUCUCCUGGUGAUUGCCUUUGUCGUUCCCAUGGCUCAAUACUAUGCUUACAUUUCCAGGAAAUAGGGUCGGUGUACUUCCAGUCACUCGAAUCCAUGAUCCACAUUUGUACAAAGUAUUAUGGCCAAGUGGAUGAUUGGAGAGAGGAUGAUAAGGAAGAUGCAGUUUCUAGGCCUCUGUUGAUUUCCUCUGAUUGAAAUGUCUAGAGAGUAACUGCGUUUUUAAUUUUUUAUCUUGUUGUGAUGUUUACAGUUCAUGUAAACAUUUCCAGGUCUUUUGAGAAAGAAGCGAAUUGAACAUCAAGAGUUUAUAUUUAGCGCUAAACAACUCACUCUAAUGAUGCGUAUGAUUAUUUUCGCUUGCCAGCAAA